CUUCCUCAUCCUCAUCCUCCUCCUCACCAUCUUCAUCCUCCUCCCCCCGGUUCCCGCCGCCGCCGCCUCCUCCCCGCCGCAUGACCGUGACCAAGAGCUCCAUGCGGGAUCUGCACAAGGCCGAGGUGCUCGGGAACAAACGUGGCCUGAUGUCAUGGCGGCCGCAGUACCGCAGCUCCAAGUUCCGGAAUGUUUACGGGAAGGCGGCGAGCCGGGAGCUCUGCUUCGACGGAAUUCCCAUCACCAAGAACGUCCACGACAAUCAUUUCUGCGCCGUCAACGCCCGGUUCCUCGCCAUCGUCACCGAGAGCGCCGGCGGCGGCUCCUUCCUCGUCAUCCCGCUGGAGCAGACCGGCCGGAUCGAGCCCAAUUAUCCCAAAGUUUGCGGCCACCAGGGAAAUGUCCUGGACAUCAAAUGGAAUCCCUUCAUUGACAACGUCAUCGCCUCCUGCUCCGAGGACACCUCGGUGCGGAUCUGGGAGAUUCCGGAGGGGGGAUUGAAGCGGAACAUGACGGAGGCGGCGCUGGAGCUGUUCGGGCACAGCCGGCGCGUGGGGCUCGUCGAGUGGCACCCGACCACCAACAACAUCCUGCUCAGCGCCGGAUACGACUACAAGGUGCUGAUCUGGAACCUGGAGCUGGGCGAGCCGGUGAAGAUGCUGGAUUGCCACUCGGACGUGAUCCUGUGCAUGUCCUUCAACAGCGACGGGAGCCUCCUGGCCACCGCCUGCAAGGACCGGCGGCUGCGCGUGCUGGAGCCGCGCUCCGGGAAGGUCCUGCAGGAGGCGAGCUGCAAAAAUCACCGCGUCAACCGCGUGGUUUUCCUGGGAAACACCAAGCGGCUCCUGACCACGGGAGUGUCCCGCUGGAACACCCGGCAGAUCGCGCUCUGGGACCAGGUCAGUGCCGCUGGAAUUCCGGCUCCAUCCCGCUGGAAUUCGGGCUCCAUCCCGCUGGAAUUCCUGCUCCAUCCCUGCCGGAAUUCCUGCUCCAUUCCCGCUGGAAUUCCUGCUCCAUCCCUGCCGGAAUUCCUGCUCCAUCCCUGCCGGAAUUCCUGCUCCCAUCCCGCUGGAAUUCCUGCUCCCAUCCCGCUGGAAUUCCUAGGGGUGAUGCCGAAGCACGGCCUGGACGUCUCGGCCUGUGAAGUUUUCCGUUUCUACAAACUCAUCACGCUCAAAGGUCUCAUCGAGCCCAUCUCCAUGAUCGUCCCCCGGCGGUCGGACACGUACCAGGAGGACAUUUAUCCCAUGACUCCGGGCACGGAGCCCGCCCUGACCCCGGACGAGUGGCUCAGCGGGGUCAACCGAGAUCCCAUCCUGGUGUCGCUGAAGGAGGGGUACAAGAGGAAUUCCAAGGUGGUGUUCAAGGCACCGGUGAGGGAGAAGAGGAGCGUGGUGGUCAACGGGAUCGACCUCCUGGAGAACGUCCCACCCCGCACGGAGAACGAGCUGCUCCGGAUGUUCUUCCGGCAGCAGGACGAGAUCCGGCGCCUGAAGGACGAGCUCUCGCAGAAGGACGUUCGGAUCCGGCAGCUCCAGCUGGAAUUAAAGAACUUCCGGAACAGCCCCAAGAACAAUUGAGCCCAUCCAGGGCCC